AUGACAGUUUCAUACACCCUCAAAGUGGCAGAGGCCCGCUUUGGGGGCUUCUCGGGCCUGCUUCUGCGGUGGCGGGGGAGCAUCUACAAGCUCCUCUACAAGGAGUUCCUCCUCUUCGUUGUCCUGUAUGCGAUGCUCAGCAUCACUUACCGGCUGCUGCUAACCCAGGAGCAAAGAUAUGUGUAUGCACAAGUGGCCCGAUACUGUAACCGUUCAGCAGACCUCAUCCCCCUAUCCUUUGUGCUGGGGUUCUACGUAACAUUGGUGGUAAACCGCUGGUGGGCCCAGUACACAAGCAUCCCGCUGCCAGACCAGCUCAUGUGUGUCAUCUCGGCCAGUGUGCACGGCAUGGACCAGCGUGGCCGCCUCCUGCGCCGCACACUCAUCCGCUAUGCCAACCUGUCCUCGGUUCUGGUGCUGCGCUCGGUCAGCACCCGCGUGCUUAAGCGCUUCCCCACCAUGGAGCACGUAGUGGAUGCAGGUUUCAUGUCUCAAGAGGAGAGGAAAAAGUUUGAGAACCUGAAAUCAGAUUUCAACAAGUACUGGGUCCCCUGCGUCUGGUUUACUAACCUGGCAGCCCAGGCCAGGAAGGACGGGCGCAUCCGGGAUGACAUUGCCCUCGGACUGCUCCUGGAAGAACUGAACAAGUACCGGGCCAAGUGCAGCAUGCUGUUCCACUAUGACUGGAUCAGCAUCCCCCUUGUCUACACGCAAGUGGUGACCAUAGCUGUGUAUUCCUUCUUCGCCCUCUCCCUGGUGGGCCGCCAAUUUGUGGAGCCAGAGGCAGGGACUGCCAAAACCAAGGAGCUUCUUCCCGGCCAGGAUCCUACACCCCAGCUGGGGGACCUAGACAUGUAUGUGCCUCUCACUACCCUGCUGCAGUUCUUCUUCUACGCAGGCUGGCUCAAGGUGGCAGAACAGAUUAUCAACCCCUUUGGGGAAGAUGACGAUGACUUUGAGACCAACCAGCUCAUAGACCGCAAUCUGCAGGUGUCCCUGCUCUCCGUAGACGACAUGUACCAGAACCUGCCACCUGUUGAGAAGGACGCAUAUUGGGACGAAGGUGCAGCUCAGCCGCCUUACACGGUGGCCACGGUGGCCGAAUCCCUGCGGCCUUCCUUCAUGGGCUCCACCUUCAACCUACGCAUGAGCGACGACCCAGAACAGAGCCUGCAGGUGGAGGCGCCUUCCCCUGGCCCUGUCCGGCCCGCGGCCGCCGCCCAGACCCCACUGCUGGGCCGCUUCCUGGGCGCUGUCGCUCCCUCUCCCGCCGUCAGUCUCCGCAACUUCGGCCGCGCUCGCGGACCCCCGAGGACCCCGCACGUGCUGCGCUUCCGGACCGAGGAGGCCGGAGACCCUGAAGCCCCCGCCGACCGCAUCGAAGAGGAGUCCGCCGAGUCAGAGGACGGGGCCCCGGGGGAGCCCUGA